AAGAAGAACAUACAUACAUACAUCAUAAUUUACAUUAUAAUUCAUUGUUCUCUGCGACCCUAGCCUUGCCUUUUUCCACGUGAGACUAAUCUGUCUGUCAUCUGUAUUCUGUUACAUAAAUCCGUAUAUAAUUAUAGCGUUAUUCGAUAGCAACUGGGGUUCUUAUUGCAUCAGAUGAAUCCCAUGCUAAACCCGGUCAUUAUUAUUUAUUUCAAGUUUAUUAUUUGCUUGCAAGAUGAUGAUGAUGAUGUGUGGCAGUUGAAAUGUGCUAAUUUGGAAUGGAAAUUUUUAUCUUUUCGUUUAAAUUUCAGAUGAGACAACGUUGAAGUGUAUCGGCAGAUUGUCUGUGCAUAGUUCCAGACAGAAGAAUAUUAUUAUUCCAGGUACAGAAAAUAUCCUAUUUAAACUACUGACUGACUGACAAUCAAGUUACUGUAUUUUCAAUUCCCCUCGUGCCUCCAACAACCCUCCAGAUGAAGAUAAAGAGAUAUCUACAACAAAAAUCGGUAGAAAAUUAAACGCCCACCUCCUCCCUGUUAUUUGAAACUUUUCUAAAAGCUAGAAAUUGAGAAAAAUUUAACAAUGGGGUGUUACAGCAUAAAUAAUUAAGUUUUGCAAAUACACAUUCGCUGUACUUGGUAUAAAUAUAAAUAUUCAAUUGGCUCAACAAGUUAAACUACAAAAACCAGUUCAAGUGUCAGUAGAUAUGUAAAUAUCGUCAGUCUACAUUUGCAAACUGGUUAACAACUUAUCGAUUCCGCUAAAUAUAGUCCUACACAAUACAAUAUUUUUCUACAAGCUUGCCUUCCAUACAAAGCACAGCAGCUCACUAAAGUUAGUGGUUAUGUAAAAAGGUGAUCACAAAUGAAAAUAACUGAAACCUGACGACUUGACUCUUCUCGUGUUUCUCAAAAGAGAGAGAGAGUAAAAUUGUUUUAUUACUUCCACACGUACCAAUAUGAGAGGAGUGGAUAAUUUUGAAAAUGUGGUGGAAUCGGAAUUUGAGCUAAAAGUGGGAAUAAGUAGUUUAGACGGAGAUGAAAAGGAUGGCCAAGAUCAUGCUGUUCAAAAUUGGAAAGACGAGAUCAAUGGCAGUUACAGUAAUUCUACUUGCGACCAUAUUUCAAAUGAUGACAAUGGAGGACAAGAAGAUGGCUCCCAGUCUCAAGACCUUUCAGAAAAAUCUCAGUUCAAGGACAAAUACGCUCCACAAUUUUUUGCAGCUCUUGCAGCAAACUUUGGGUCAUUUGCUUUGGGAUCAGUUCUCAGUUGGACAUCAGUUGCUCUCCCCGAUUUGAGGGAAAGGAAAAGUAUUGGAGAAAUUUCGGAUUUUGAGGAAACAUGGAUAAGUUCUAUUGCUUUGUUGGGAGCUACAGCCUCGUGCACAGUUGUUGGAUUGAUGAUGGAGAAAUUCGGACGGAGAAAAUGUAUGCUCUUAUUGACAACCCCUUUCUGCCUUGGUUGGAUACUGAUAACAUUUGCACAAAAUGUGUGGAUGAUGUACAUUGGACGAUUCCUCACAGGUUUCUGUGGAGGUGGUUGUUCAAUAGUUGUUCCUGUGUACAUUACUGAGACGGCAUCAGUGAAGAUAAGAGGAAUGCUCGCAUCUGGGUUUGAUAUGCUAAUCACAGUGGGCAUAUUAUAUAUAUUCAUCAUUGGAACCUAUGUCAACUGGCAGUAUCAAGCCGUCGCAUGUGGAGUGAUCCCUAUCGUUUUUCAUGCCUUCAUGAUGUUUGCCCCUGAAUCACCAAGAUAUUUGGUUGAACAAAGAAAGCUUAGUGACGCAAGUAAAGCCUUGUGUUGGCUUCGAGGAGCAAAAUCAACUCAACAUAUUCAACGCGAAAUGAACGAGUUGGUGAGCAGCGUGGAUGAGAGCAUGGAAAAGUCGGCGUCAUGGAGAGACAUUAUCAAGGACGGGAGCAUUCUUAAACCUACGAUAAUCGCUCUUAUGCUCAUGGUAUUUCAGCAGCUGAGUGCAAUUGAUGCUGUCAUGUUUUACACUGUGGAUAUAUUCCGGGCUGCUGGAACUGACAUUGAUGAAAAUCUUUCCGCAAAUAUCGUUGGAACAGUUCAAGUGUUAGCAACCAUAACUGCUGCACUAUUUGUGGAUCACAGUGGAAGACGAUGCCUCCUUCUCAUAUCCGAAAUUGGGAUGGUGAUAUCACUCGGUGGCAUGGGAGCAUUUUUUUAUCUCAAACAACAGAACAAUGACGAAGUACCUGCAAAUCUAAGCUGGUUGCCAUUAGCCAGUCUAAUGGUUCACACUAUGGCUUUCUCCGUGGGCAUGGGGCCUCUACCCUGGCUAUUAAUGGCAGAACUUCUCCCCAACAACGUUAAAGGAAUGGCAUCCGGAUUAGUUACGAUUACCAGAUGGAUCCUAGGAUUUGCUGUGACAAUGGUGUUCAAAGAAGUGAUGAAGAUUCUCGGGAUGCAUGGAGGAUAUUGGCUUUUUUCAGCAUUCUGCUUUCUUGGGACUAUUUUUGUGUUCUAUUUCGUACCAGAAACGAAAGGAAAAUCACUGGAUGAGAUACAAGAGUUUUUCAAGUCUCCGCAGCAGAAAAAUAGAGGAGCAUCCAUAGAAGGGAAGCCAGAAGCUCUGAAAGUUUAAAACUUUGUUUGUUUAAGUCAGACCAUUGAUUGUUAACCGGUGAAAAUGUCUAGUUUAUUGAGAUUUUGUGAUACAACUAAUAAAUUGUAUUCUUUUACGUUUGCCCUGGAAAAUCUUACAAUUAUCCUACGUACAAUAAUGGUUACGAGAUUACUAUUAGGAUUACGUACAUUGUUUAAAUUCUAUAAUUUUUGUAAUUACAUGCACUUACUGAUGUCUGCGUUCUACAUUGUUCAAACUAAUUAUAUUAAUUGCACGAUUAGCAUAAUAUCAUAUAAGUAAGUUGGUACUUUAUGUAUGACGAUGUGCAUAACAUAUUACUAUUUUCAGUCGGUUGUCGUCCACAAUCAAUCACAAGUGAAUUUUUCCUCUGGUCUUAAUACCGUAUUAAUCCAAAUAAGGUAAAAAAAUCAGGAAAGGCUUAUAUUCAUUAAGUUAAUAGAAGGAUCGACAAAAAUGGCACUACUUCGCCUGAUGAUGAAUAUCGUCAUUUUUCUUGCCGUAAUUGUACUUUUGGACUGCUUGGUCGAAUCCACACCAAAUAGCGGAAUGUAUGAAAACUUCCCUGAUGACUACCAAUUUAGGAAAAAUAAGCAUGGGUUUUAUUGGGAGCAUGGAUAUAGCUACGCGUUUCCAAAGUCUAAGAGACAUCGCAUUUAUUUCAUUGACUACAACCGUCGUCUGAACAUUUAAAACGCUAAAAAACCUUUGAUACUGAUUGAAAUUACAUUGUUUAGAUCCAACCAGUUCAAUGGCAUGUUUGCAUUGCAAACCUUACAAGAGACAUUUUGAGUCCAAAUUGUAUAUUUCCAUGAAAGGUGAAUAAACAGGAAGUUAGCGGUCAAUUUGGGUCAUCUUUUAUUUUAGAGAAUAGCCGAUUUGUCCAUCAAUGAGCUCAAUGCCACAACAGUUUCCGGUGGUUGGGGAGAAGUUGUUGUUUGUGCAUAUUUAUUUAGCACUUUAAUUAUCUGCAAAACAUUAAUAAAAGUUUCAGCCCAAAAACUCUGGAGUUAAUUUACAUCAUUCAGUUAUUCAUCGAGUUGAUUUGCAGAACAAUUGCCACAACUAUGAAUAGUUUUUCAUCAACCAAAUUGUGCAUUGUGGUGGCUCUUGUGGUACUGUUGAGCAUUGUUGAAGAAUGCUGCUCAGCAAAGUAUACACCAACACUGCAACUUGACGACGAAGGUCUGACUAAUCUGCUGGAUAACCUGAGCCUUCCUGACCAACGGAUCAGCGGGUAUCGUGUCGACCGAUCGUACUAUCGACGUCAAUGGGCCUACAACGACAGACCUGCUAAAUUUGAAAAUAAAUAUUACGGAGAGGUAAAACCCAAAGGAAGGAAGCAUCAUCCUCUUUUCAACGGAAAGUAGAUAACAGAGAUGAAAUCCGUUGUGCUGGAUUUAUGUAUUUAUCAUACGUAUAGUUUAGUUACAUAGGUGGAAUAAAUGGAGACAUUCAAAAAUA